AACAGGUCCUCGCUUUUCUUGAGAAGAGGCUGCAGCGCUCCGCUCCUUCCAAGUUCAGCGGCGCCUUUAGGGCGCGCGUGGUGGAAUCGAGGACUUUUCAAAGCUGGAAUCGACCAGCUCCGUUUCAAGCGUUGUGCGAAAGCCUGCGUAGCCUGGGCACUCUCAAAAGCAGAGCUGCUGGCCCAGGAGCGACUUUGCUGAAAGUAGGCUGAAAGUUCCUUUCCUAAGAGAUUCCUUCCUGUCCAGCACGCAGACCGUUACUCUGCCGCGGUUGGGCGGGCUCGAUCCUGCGGCCCCGCCCUUUCCAGCUCCCGGCUUGUGGGUGGCGCUUCCGCGCUCGGGUGAGAAGCUCAGGCAUCAGGGGGUGGUGGGGGUAGCCAGCUACACUCUGCAGGGAGGCUUCCGGACGCGCACCGCACACAUGGCUUCUGCAACUGGCCCACUGAAGAGAGCCACUCGGGAGCUGCUGGCCGCGCUGGGGAAUCGAACCGGCCUCCGGGGCAUCCAUCGUCUCAGUGCUCUGCAAGUUAACGCACCUACCGCUGCCCAAAAAACAAAGAAGAGUGUUGCUCGUGGGGUGACAGAUAUUCCACUUAUUACUAAAACCGUGGAUCAGUGCCUGGAGGAGACGACCCACAAGUAUCCUGAGCGUGAAGCUGUAGUGUAUUCUAAAGAAGGAGUUCGGAAGACUUUUGCCCAGUUUAGACAAGAUGUAGAGCAGGCAGCAACGGGGCUUCUGGCCCUUGGCUUGAAAAAAGGUGACCGACUAGGAAUGUGGGGUCCCAACAAGUAUGAAUGGACCCUAAUGCAAUUUGCUACAGCCCAGGCAGGAAUCAUCCUGGUUUCUGUGAACCCAGCGUAUCAAGCCAAUGAGCUGGAUUUUGUGCUGAAGAAGGUUGGCUGCAAAGCACUGGUGUUUCCCACGCAAUUUAAAACACAGAAAUACUAUGAGAUCUUGAAGCAAAUUUGCCCAGAGCUGGGACUGUCUAAUCCAGGAGCACUAAAAAGCAAAAACCUACCAGAGCUUUCUGUUGUAAUCACCCUGGACUCCAAGCUGCCUGGCUCGUUCCAGAUGGCCGAUGUGAUGCAGGCUGGAGACAGCAGCCACAAGAAGCAGCUGCAGGACAUACGGAAGACCCUGGACUGCCAAGAGCCCAUCAACAUCCAAUUCACUUCAGGAACAACAGGAAGCCCCAAAGGGGCCACACUUUCGCACCACAACAUUGUGAAUAAUGCAAACCUGAUUGGUAAAAGGCUGGGAGCUGAUAAUAUGGAAGCCCGUUGUUGUCUUCCUGUUCCUCUCUACCACUGCCUGGGCUCUGUGGCGGGGUGUAUGGUGAUGGCAAUUCAUGGUACUUCUCUUGUCUUCCCGUCUUUAAGUUUCGAGGCUAAAGCUGCACUGAAGGCAUUGGAACAGGAGAAAUGCACCCAUGUAUAUGGCACUCCAACCAUGUACAUAGAUAUUCUAGGGCAGCCUGACUUUGACACCUAUGAUCUCUCAAGUGUCCGGGGAGGAAUCAUUGCAGGGUCACCAGCACCUCCUGAAAUUAUUAAGAAGAUCAUGAAGAAGAUGAACAUGUAUGAAAUGGUGGUUGCUUAUGGAACUACAGAGAACAGCCCCGUCACCUUUAUGGGGUUUCCACAAGAUGAUAUUACACAGAAAACAGAAAGCGUGGGAUGUCUUUUGCCCCACACAGAGGCUAAGAUUUUAGAUUCUGAAACAGAGGAAAUUGUCCCACUCAACACCCCUGGAGAACUUCAUAUUCGAGGCUACUGUGUCAUGUUGGGAUACUGGGGAGACCCCAGCAAAACAAAUGAAGUGAUUGAUGAUGAGAAAUGGUAUCAGACUGGGGACUUGGCUGUCCUUGACGAGUAUGGCUACUGCAAGAUUGUGGGGCGUUGCAAAGACAUGAUUAUCCGAGGAGGGGAGAACAUAUACCCAGCAGAGCUUGAACAAUUUCUACACACCCACCCUAAGAUUCAAGAGGUGCAGGUGGUAGGCGUGAAAGAUGAGCGAAUGGGAGAAGAGAUCUGUGCCUCCAUCAGAGUGAAACCUGGAGAGGAAUGCACAGCAGAAGAAGUCAAAGCAUUUUGCAAAGGGAAGGUUGCUCAUUUCAAGAUUCCUCGGUAUAUUGUGUUUGUGAAGGACUAUCCACUCACUGUCUCAGGCAAGAUUCAGAAAUACAAGCUGAGAGAGAGGAUGGAGAAGCAUCUUCUGCUUUGAUCAGUGGAGACAUCCCAAAUAAACACCAGACGAACAACUCUGUUGACAGCUCUUUUUACGUUUGAGCAAGACGCUGUUAGAAAGCUGCCAUUAAGAUGUCAAGACGCUGUUAGAGAGCAAGACAUUAGGAGAGCAAGACACUGUUAGAAAGCUGCUUUAAGAUGAGCUAAUCUAAAUACAACCAAGCAACAUGUGGUGAAAAUAAUACUCUUUUUAAAAAACAAAA